AUGUAUGCACCAGAAUACUCCAUCUCACCGCAACGCAAGCGGGCUUCGACCGCAAAGUCGGAGAAAAUGAGCGUGGAGCUUAAACACGCCCUCAAAUGUCUUGGCUAUCGCGAUCUCGACCAACUACAGCACAUGUUCCUGGCCAAAGAAUCAUUCCUCGUGCCAUGGGCCUUCUUUCGCGAUACCUUUCUCUUUCGCCAGGAGGCCGGCAUGCCACGAGCUUCGCUUCCAGGCAGUGUCACUCGAGAGGACAUCUUAUGGUGGUAUACGCGGUACGAUGACGGAAUUUUACGGUACGAUCCUAAUGAUUCUGAUGACAAGUCUGCCCUUGAUGAUAAGACCGCGUCCAGGAUCGAUGAUAUCGAUACAUCGGCUUGGAGUGUUAUUGAGCAUGAGAAACACCUCUUUGUCUGGCUACUUCAGGCCUUCAAGGUCGGCAAGGCGAAGAAUCCUUAUGGUAUCACGUACUUCGAAUGCCGCAACGUUUGUGCUGCCUGGGAAGAAGUGCUUCUGCCUAUUGUCAAUGAUGUUAGGGAAGGUCAUGAUAUCCGCGGCCGUCGGCACUAUGGGGAACUCGCUGCCUUCGUCGAUAAGGUUUCUCCUAGUGCACUUGCAUUCCCUGAGAAGAACGUUGGUGUUCGUCGUCGAGACAUAGGGAAAGACCGAUCUCACCGGGUUGGGAUGUUAGCCCGAAAGAAACAGCUUGACGAAGAUGACAUGGAGUUGCGGCACACAUACCCGCAGUUCGGGCAAGUCGCUGAAAAGCAAAAGGUCGAUCUGAAGGCUUGGAUCCGAGACAAGAAGACUGUUGCUGAUCGAAAGAUGGCAAUGAAGUUUCUCGAAGGCAGUCCCUGUCCGCCGAAAAAGCUAGCUGAGUGCGCAUCCUCCUGGAUCAAGUCCCUCUCAUUUAGUAGUCUUCGACAUCAAUCUAAUGAUAGCAGCCACAGUACGCCUAGCAAGAAGGGCAAGGAGGUCUUCGGCAGCACGCGUCCUACACCGGAAAACUCACCGCUUUCGAAAAAGAAUGAGUCACCGUAUGGUUCCCAGCGCGGCAAGACACCGCUAAAUCAAAUGGGUCGCGGCAAUAGGACGCCGUCUACAGAAUUGGUUGGAGUCAUUCAACGGAAACCAUCACAACAUGAGGCUGACGGUUUGUACAAAGCAAUCAGGACCUCGAAUCCAUUUGCUAACGAUAUACCCAAAGAAGUGGUCGAGUACACUGUGCCUGCGUCUGAUGGUAUGGCCCUCGCUCUCAAUGUCAAGCAAAUCGCGUCAUCUGGGUUGAACGGAUCGAUGCCAUACAACCCCAACAAGCGCGAUGUCUCCAAAGAGUCGAAGGCGGACGUGAAGGAAGGCGGAGGCUCUAGGGUCUAUGGAGGUAUUCCUGUUGGCUUUCUGGAGGGUAUAUAUGCUGGAACCAUCUUAGUUGAUCUAUCCUUAACUAAUGACCUGAUACAAGGACCUGACCCAUUCUUUGAAAAUAAGCAUACUAGGUCCAACGAAUCGGUCGCGGCCCGUCGCGCUGGGAAGAUGCCAGCCACCCGUAUCCCGAGCCCGGUGAACGUUGGCCCCGCUGGUCCUCCUAAAUACCACCCAACACGACCCCGAAGCCCUCCACCAUACGCUGUUGAGGAAGACGAUCAAAUACCACCAAUUCCACCCAAGAAUCCCCACCGAUAUGCGGCUAGCAACGUAAAGCCUACUACAGUUCGCAUCGUGUCAAAGGACAAUAUCCGAGCUGCUCUCUCUACGCACUCCUCUCAGGAAUCCCUUGCUGAAGUUGCGCAGAGCAAUAGGAACGUCUCGGCUAGUAGUGAAGCAAGUUGCCGAUCUAACCCGUUCGCUGUGAUCGGCGGCAGGGGUUUCAAUACGGGCGAGUAUUCGAUACAUUCGUACAAUAGCCACAUGUUCCACCGUGACCGUAUCCAGGAGGGUAGGGGUCACUAG